AUGGCCGCCUUGCGCUCCCUGCUGCGGUGGCGCCGCCGUUUGGAUCCCGCAACCGGAGCACAGCCGGCACGGCGGCUGUGGGCCGGCGGCGGGGCCGGGGCGGCGGGGCUGAGGCGGUGGCGGCGAGAGCUGGGCUGGGCGGUGGGGGUCGCCCUCGCCGGGUACGUGGGGUACCGGCUGUCCGAGCGACGGCGGGAGCCCUCCCUGGAGUCGGCAGCCGUCGGGCCGGGCGGGGCCCGGGCACUGCUCCCCAUCCCUGUGGCGGCCGCUGCCAAGGAGACGGUUGCAGAAAACAGAUCAGACCUUGAAGAUUUACAUCUUUAUGCAACUCCUCGGGAGCAACGGUUUCGUAGAUUUGCCAGUUUAGAAUUUGAAGGACAGCUAUAUAUGACUCCAUACGACUUCAUUCAGGCUGUCACAAGUGAUGAACCCAAACGUGCUAAAAAAUGGCGAUCUCUUUCAAAGCAGGAACUGAAUCAGAUCCUUAUGGAGACGCCACCAGUUUGGAAAGGAUCAUCUAAACUUUUUCGUAAUCUUAAUGAGAAAGGUGUGAUUUCUUACACAGAAUAUUUAUUCCUCUUAUGUAUUUUAACAAAGCCACAUGCAGGUUUUAGAAUCGCAUUCAACAUGUUUGAUACUGAUGGCAAUGAGAUGGUGGACAAAAAGGAAUUCUUGGUGCUACAAGAGAUUUUCAGGAAAAAAAAUGAGAAGAGAGAGAGAAAAGGAGAUGAAGAGAAACGUGCAAUGCUGCGUCUUCAACUUUAUGGAUAUCACACUCCUACUAACAGUGUUCUUAAAACAGAAGGAGAGGACCUUGUCCCCAGAAGCUAUUGGGAUACUUUGAGACGUAGCACAAGCCAAGCACUCUUUUCGGACCUUGCAGAGCGUGCUGAUGAUAUUGCAAGUUCACUGUCAGAUACAACACUGCUUGUACACUUUUUUGGCAAGAAAGGAAAAGCUGAACUGAACUUUGAAGACUUUUAUAGAUUUAUGGAUAACCUACAAACCGAGGUUCUAGAGAUAGAAUUCCUUUCCUACUCUAAUGGGAUGAACACCAUCAGUGAGGAAGACUUUGCCCAUAUUCUUUUGAGGUAUACAAACGUGGAAAACACAUCAAGUUACCUGGAAAACAUGCGCUGUAGCAUUCCUGAAGAAAAGGGUAUCACAUUUGAUGAGUUUAGAUCAUUUUUCCAAUUUUUGAACAACCUUGAGGACUUUGCAAUUGCAAUGCAAAUGUAUAAUUUUGCAAGUCGUUCCAUAGGUCAAGAUGAAUUCAAACGUGCUGUGUAUGUAGCCACAGGUGUGAAGCUUUCACCACAUUUGGUGAACACAGUGUUCAAGAUUUUUGAUGUUGACAGGGAUGACCAGCUGAGUUAUAAAGAAUUUAUUGGCAUUAUGAAAGACAGACUCAACCGAGGGUUUAGGGAGACUCCAAGGUAUGGUUGGCAAGAAUAUUACUCUUGUGUGAUGACUGUAACCAGUGAACAUCUCAGAGAUCUAUGGAAGCAAUUUCGGAGACGAGAUAUGCUGAGAUAAAGGA